AUGCAGCACACUGCACGCAGCCAGAUGUCUCCUCAUGCAAACCCUUCACCUAGCGACGAUGACACGAAGCCGUGUCUAGUAUCGGAAAAUUCAUACACAAUCUCAGAAUCAAGUCCAUUACUCUCCGAUGACUUCCAACCACUGGUCCAGCCUCAGAAAGCCGCAGCUCACCGCAGUGAUGUCGACAUAUCCACCAAUAUCACCGCCACCGUCCAUGAGCCCAAGAAUCAUAGAGUUGACAGCACUGAUACCGUCUUAUACGCCGUCAUCCUCCUCUUCGCUAGCUCAGCCGGGUUGUGGACCAUUCCCACCACCCGCCAAGUCGAGGAUAUCGUAUGCCGGCAGCACUACGGCGUGCUGAAGCCUAUCGGCGAGAACCAGUGCAAGGAGGAUUCCAUUCAAAGCAAGGUCGCUAUGGUAUUCGCCAUCUACGGCUCUCUCCAGGCCGCCAUAGCUGCGGUGGCUGCAUUACCCUGGGGCAUUGUUGCAGACCGAGUAGGGAGGAAGAUAGUUUUCCGGUUAGCUGUGCUGGGUACGAUGCUCGAUCAGCUAUGGUUCCUUGCGGUUUGCGCGUUUACCCCGGCAAUUCCACUCAACACGAUGUGGGUUGGCUCGUCCCUACUGGUUAUCGGCGGAGGCAAUCCUGUUGUGUCUGCUGUGAUAUUCUCAAUGCUCACCGAUAUCACCACUCCUGAAAAUAGAGCUAAAAAGUUUAUGACUGCCCAUCUGUCAUCCAUGAUUGGAAACCUCGGCUCUCCUUUGAUCGCCGGGUGGAUGAUGGACAAGACCGGACCGUGGCCAGUCAUGUGGCUGUCGCUGUUUGGUUUCGCAACCGUUGGCUAUGCCAUCCGCCUCAUCCCGGAGACACGACCGGCAGCCCGGGCUCCGAGAGAUGUUUCUAUGGAUUGGCCUACCAUCAACGUUUUUCAGCGCUUAUCUCACCACUUGAGGAAAAUCUCAAGUCUUUUUUUGAUGCCGUCUCUGGUCAUCCUCAUAUUGGCAAUGCUUGCCUUAUUCCCCAUUACGCUGUCUAUCUUCCAGUUUAUGAUCAUCUUCGCCUCUAGGCGCUACCAGAUUCCAACGUCUCAAACGGGUUUUCUCUCAUUCUUUUACGGCUUCAGUGUCUUCAUCGUCAUUACCGCCGUCUUACCAAACUUUUCAAAGUUUCUCGUCUCACCCCGGGCACCAAAAAUCAUGCGCUUUACUGACAGCAACAAGCGCGAUCUCUUUCUCGCCCGGGCAUCUUGCGCCAUGUUCUUACUUGGCAGCCUAUGUAUGGCUGUUUCGCCGACUUUGAACGCCUUUACCGGCGGGCUCGCGCUCUUGUCACUUGCUUCAGGCUGGGGCAGCUAUGCGCGCAGUCUUUGUGCGUUAUACGUGGACAGCGCGCACAGGACGCAGCUCUAUUCAAUUAUGUCGCUCGUCGAGACAGCCGGGAUGAUAUUUGCACAGCCUGUGCUUGCUGGUCUCUUCAGUUUGGGCAUGGAACUUGGCGGCUUCUGGAUCGGAUUGCCAUAUCUAGGUUGCGCUUGCUUUUGCGUUGCUGCGUUGGGACUGUUGCUCUUGGUGAGGCUUCCGGCGCUACGAGGCGGAUGA